AUUUUAUUUUAAAAAAGCCGGGAACGACCAUCUUUCUUUCGUCGGCGAUUUUUCAGAGAUUACCAGAGAGACAGCGAGAAACAUUUCUUUCGGCGAUGGAAGCAUUUCUUAAGGAAUUCGGAGAUUAUUAUGGAUACCCAGAUGGUCCCAAGAACAUUCAAGAGAUCCGCGACACCGAAUUCAAGAGAUUAGAUAAAGGUGUUGUAUACUUGGAUCAUGCUGGUUCUACUUUGUAUUCUGAGUUGCAGAUGGAAUAUAUUUUUAAGGACUUCACAAGCAAUGUUUUUGGAAAUCCACAUAGUCAAAGUGAUAUCAGUUCGGCCACCAGUGACCUUAUAGCGGAUGCUCGACAUCAGGUGCUUGAAUACUUUAAUGCAUCUCCUGAAGAUUACAGUUGCUUAUUCACCUCCGGAGCCACAGCAGCGCUGAAGCUUGUCGGAGAGACUUUUCCGUGGACCCAAGACAGUAAUUUUUUGUAUACCAUGGAGAAUCACAACAGUGUACUUGGUAUUAGGGAAUAUGCAUUAGCUCAAGGUGCUUCAGCAUGUGCAGUGGAUAUUGAAGAGGCAGCUAACCAACCAGGCCAGCUUACAAAUUCAGGACCAUCUAUCAAGGUAAAGCAUCGUGCUGUGCAGAUGAGAAACACUUCUAAACUCCAAAAGGAAGAGUCAAGAGGAAAUGCCUAUAAUCUAUUUGCUUUCCCCUCGGAGUGCAAUUUUUCUGGCCUGAGGUUUAAUCUAGAUCUGGUGAAGUUGAUGAAAGAAAAUACUGAGACCGUGCUACAAGGCUCCCCCUUUAGCAAGAGCAAGCGGUGGAUGGUCUUGAUUGAUGCUGCAAAGGGUUGUGCUACACUACCACCUGAUUUAUCGGAGUAUCCUGCAGAUUUUGUUGUUCUGUCAUUCUACAAGUUAUUUGGUUAUCCUACUGGGCUUGGCGCUCUCCUUGUACGGAAUGAUGCAGCCAAAUUGCUCAAAAAGACUUAUUUUAGUGGAGGCACUGUUGCUGCUUCAAUUGCUGACAUCGACUUUGUAAAAAGAAGGGAAAGGGUGGAGGAGUUUUUUGAGGAUGGUUCUGCUUCAUUCCUGAGCAUAGCAGCCAUCCGUCAUGGCUUCAAAUUACUCAAGUCGCUUACACCUUCUGCAAUUUGGAUGCACACAACGUCACUUUCCAUAUAUGUGAAAAAGAAGCUUCAGGCUUUACGACAUGGAAACGGGGCUGCUGUAUGUGUUCUGUAUGGCAGUGAAAAUCUGGAGUUAUCUUCACAUAAAUCAGGCCCAACGGUUACAUUCAACUUGAAAAGACCUGAUGGCUCUUGGUUUGGCUACUUGGAGGUGGAGAAGCUUGCUUCUUUAUCUGGAAUUCAGUUACGGACAGGAUGUUUUUGCAAUCCUGGCGCAUGUGCAAAGUAUCUCGAGUUAUCCCAUUCUGAGCUACGGUCUAAUGUAGAGGCUGGGCAUAUUUGCUGGGAUGACAAUGAUGUGAUAAAUGGAAAACCAACAGGGGCUGUUAGGGUUUCGUUUGGUUAUAUGUCAACCUUUGAAGAUGCCAAGAAAUUUAUUGAUUUCAUCAUAAGUUCAUUUGCUUCACCUCCAAAGAAGACUGGGAAUGGAACCGUCGUCAGUGGAAGGUUUCCUCAACUUCCUAGUGAAGACCUUGAAAGUAAAGAAUCUUUUCCAAGCCACUACCUUAAGUCAAUUACUGUAUACCCGAUCAAGUCAUGUGCUGGAUUUUCUGUGAUACGUUGGCCACUUUGCAGAACAGGCCUGCUGCAUGAUCGAGAAUGGAUGGUUCAGGGUCUGACCGGUGAAAUUCUUACCCAAAAGAAGGUGCCUGAGAUGUCUCUUAUAAAAACCUUUAUCGACCUUGAGGAAGGACUACUGUCUGUAGAAUCUUCUCGCUGCGAAGACAAGUUGCACAUCAGAAUCAAGUCUGAUUCAUAUAACCCGAGGAACGAUGAGUUUGAUUCACAUGCCAACAUACUUGAAAACCGUAAUGAGGAAACUAGAAUCAAUCGUUGGUUCACCAAUGCCAUUGGUCGACAAUGCAAGUUGCUACGGUAUUCUAGCUCUACUUCCAAAGACUGCUUGAACAGAAACAAGAGUCCUGGUUUGUGCAGAGAUUUGGAAAGCAAUAUCAACUUUGCUAAUGAAGCUCAGUUCUUGUUAAUCUCCGAGGAGAGUGUUGCUGACCUAAACAGAAGAUUAGAAGCAAGUACGUUUCCAUGUCCUUUUCAUCUUACAUCUUUUUCCUUUUCGCUUGAUAAAAACUGAUUUGGUUGCAGAAGACGAGGAUUACAAACGGGCUCAUGAAAAACUCAAUCCACAUAGGUUCAGACCAAAUCUGGUUAUAUCUGGAGGUGAACCAUACGGGGAAGAUAAAUGGAAAACUGUCAAGAUAGGAGACAAUCAUUUCACAUCAUUGGGCGGUUGUAACCGGUGCCAGAUGAUAAACAUAAGUAAUGAAGCUGGACUAGUGAAGAAAUCCAAUGAGCCCUUAACAACUUUAGCUUCAUAUAGGAGAGUAAAGGGAAAGAUCUUGUUUGGAACGCUUUUGAGAUACGAGAUUGAUGAGAAAAGACAAUGUUGGAUUGGAGUUGGGGAAGAAGUUAAUCCAGAUAUUGAAUAAGUUCAAGCUUGUGUGUAUUAUCGUCUACUAUACAUAAAAAUAAACAUAUGGAGAAGCAUCAAAAGUAUAAACAUAUGGAGAAGCGUCAAAAGCAUAUGAGAACAAAUCUGUUACUGGACCUGUAUACCAUUGUAUUACUCCUUCAAGAUUGUAGAGAAGAACAAUAUAGCUCAGACUCUGGAAUCUUGCUCUUAUACCAAAAACUGUAAUACUGAAAAUCAAACUUGAUGUAAUACUAUAAUAGAGAAGAAUAAUACCAAGGUUAAUUGCCUUUUUGCUUCAUAAAC